ACCAGAAAUAAGGAAACUCUCUGUAUCCCCAUCAACAGAGAUUUAAAGCUAUUUAAGUUGAAAGAAGAAGCAAAACCCUAGAAACAGUUUUCUUCGGGUAAUCGAAGAAGCUGAUGAGGUCACGAGGUGAUGUCUCUGAAGCAGAAGGUACGAGAUCAGAUGCUGGUUCUUCAAGAAGCGAAGAAGAAACGACUCUCAAGGAGAAGCACUCAAAUUCGCGAGCUGGGUCUCAAAGAUCUGGAAAAAGCUUGAGAAAUGAAGAGCUUGGUGAGCCUAAUUAUGGAUCAGAUUCUUCAUCUAAGAACACAACAAGCAGCAGCAACCCAAUUGAGUAUACUGAGCAAGAACGAGCUGAGCUUUUAAGAAGGUUAGAUUCAAUCAAAGAUCAUCUUCUUCGUGGUGGUGGUAAUAAUGUAGUUGAUAAACCUAAAGAACCAGAUCAUAAUCAGCCAUUCCUUAGACCAAUUCAUCUUCAUGGUCCUCCUAAUCAUAAUCCUGGUCCUUCUUAUUACCAUCCGUAUCCUGAGCCGAUUCCGUACCCUGGACCGGUUCAUGGAAUGUAUCCUCAAGCUUAUCAAGAUCCUUACGGGUUCCAAAUCCAUAGAAGACCACCUCCAGUUCCUAAUCCAAACUGGUAUCCUCCUGGUCAUUAUCCUAAUCAGAUGGCUCGUCAGUUUCCUGGUGGUCAAUAUGUUGAAAUUGGUCCGGAUAUAGUUGACCCACAUUCUUACUUUCCAGCUACUCCGGGUAGGUACGGUGACCUGCCUCCGUAUAGCCCGGUUUCGUCUCACCAUCGUGGCGAGAAACUCGCAUCACAGUACAGUGAUAUGCCUCCUUAUAGCCCUGUUUCUUCUCACCAUCGUGGCGAGAAACUCACAACACCUUAUAGUUCACGUGUUGAUAACAGUUCGAGUUUUCCUUCUUCGAUGGGAUCUCCAGGUCCUCGAGGUGGUUACGCAAGGUGGCCGAGUGAACAUGAUUCUGAAAUGGGUGGUGCUUUUGCUCGUGGGUAUGUUAAGAAAGCUGUAUCGGAUACUGAUGCUCGACGUUGUCAUCCUCUUGCUGGUGGUGCUCCUUUUAUAGCUUGUCAAAGUUGCUUUGAGCUGCUUUACUUGCCUAAGAAGAAGCUUUUGGCUCAGGAAAGGCAACAUAAGCUGCAGUGCGGUGCUUGUUCUGAAGUUAUUCGUUUCACAAUCGUCGAUAGGAAACUCGUUUUCUCUUCUGGUAACGAGGAAACAAAACUGGUCUCUCUAAAGGUUGAAGAUAGAAGCACAACAAACACAGUAGUGGUUGAGGAACUCUCUUCUGUUGAUUUCAACAACUCAGGUAGCGAUAUUCCGCCUAAGGAUGAAGAAGAACCAGUGCAGGAAUUUAGAAGUCAUCAGGAUACUAUGCAAAGCAUCCGGUCUGAAUCUCAAAACUCAGAUGAUGAAGAGAGAUCUAGCAUUUCUAGUGAACAACAACAAAAGGAGGUCAAAUCUGUUCGUCGGCGAGGUAAAGGAUCAAAAGCGCCUGAACCCGCUGCUCCUGAUAAUGCCAGUCUACUUGAACUUUUUGAGUAUUCUAAUGUAAACAGAGCUGCACUCGCUUACGGAAUGGCGCAGUUAGGUUAUGACAAGCCAGAUAAGCAAAAGUCUUUCAUGACACAGGACUCGCUGCAAACGGAAUCAGUAGCUACAGAAACAGAGGUUUCUUACAACGGAUAUUCUAACACCGAGAUCUCAGAAGAGUCGAGGUACUCAAACGGAAGAGAAGACGACAACAGACCAAGAGCCAGAAAGGGUAGUGAGUACGGUUCCACAGAGAUCACAACGAGGUCCUCUACUGAUCGAAAUGAAGAUCAGAUGAAGUCAUUAGAGGUUUGGGUUAACGGACAUCUUAUACCAGAAGAUCUGGUUAGUAGUGCUGAGAAAUUAGCUGGACCAAUCCAAGCCGGAAAGUAUUGGUAUGAUUACCGAGCUGGGUUCUGGGGCGUGAUGGGCAAACCGUGUCUCGGUAUAGUACCUCCAUUUAUUGAAGAGUUUAGCCAUCCAAUGCCGGAUAACUGUGCUGCGGGAAACACAGAAGUGUUUGUGAAUGGAAGAGAGCUUCACAAGAGAGAUUUCGAGUUACUUGUGGGCCGUGGUCUUCCCCGAGACAAGAACCGUUCUUACAUUGUUGAUAUAUCAGGAAGAAUCCUUGAUGGAGAUUCAGGGGAAGAACUUCAUAGCCUUGGCAAAUUAGCCCCAACGAUUGAGAAGGUGAAGCAUGGAUUUGGUAUGAGAGUUCCAAGAUCAUUAGCUUCAUGAAAGCUCCCACUAGUAACGAGUAAACUACAACACAACCAAAUAUGAUUCUGCCUCUUUUUUCAAUCUUCAUAUUAUUUAUUUGUUAAAUUUGUAAAGUGUGCUUUUUUUAUUCACGACAUCGGUUAGAUUUUGAUUUUUGGUAUUCUUUUUAAAAAUAUCUUUGGGGAAAUGUCUGUAUUUUUGUUUUGCUACCAGAACCGGUUAGGGGGUUAAGACUCUAUACAAACCGGGUUAUCUCGGUAUAACGUUUGUAAUAUUUCCAUUUUUUUUUCUGGUUCCAAGCAGACCUAACUGGUUUAUGAUUCUUGGUCCAGAUUACCAUAUCUUAAAGACUGGUUAGAUUAUAUUUUAUGGAAUGAUAAAAGUUUGAUUAUGAG